UACUUACCAUUCCUUGCUGCAUGCACAUAUUUUGCAUUUCAUCUUUGGUUCUUAGAACUGCAUCUUUUUUAUCCCCUGCCUGCAUUUCCCAAAAGGUUUUUGCCUUUUUGUGCUGAUGUUGUGCCUUGCACUAACAACAGGAUCAGUAAACAUAAUAGAGAAGAAGUUCUGGAGAAGGCGGAAAAAGAUCUAGCUGCUGUGACGGAUCAGUAUGUGUCCCGAUUAGUAAAAGAACUUCAAGGGACUGAUUUUUGGAAGCUCAGACGAGCAUAUUCUCCUGGGGUACAAGAGUAUGUUGAAGCUGCAACACUCUGCAAAUUCUGCCAGACUGGGGCACUCUUGAACCUUGAUGAGAUAAAUACUACAUUGCUUCCACUUAGUGAUCCAUCUGUUGAGCCCUUGCAGAUUAAUAUCCUUGAUUAUCUGUUGGGGCUUGCGGAUUUGACAGGAGAGCUGAUGCGACUGGCGAUUGGCCGAAUAUCAGAUGGUGAACUCGAAUAUGCUGAGAAGAUAUGCAGAUUUGUACGUGAUGUCUACAGGGAGCUGACCCUUGUGGUUCCAAUUAUGGAUGACAAUUCAGAGAUGAUGAAGAAAAUGGAGACAAUGCUCCAAAGUGUGGUGAAGAUAGAAAAUGCUUGCUAUAGUGUACAUACGAGAGGAUCAGAGUACAUUCCGUCACUUGGGUCCAGUGAUCCCGAUUUUGCUUUGUUGGGGGCAUCCGACAUUGAACUAUGAAGUUUUUGAGGCUCCAAAUGGAUCAUAUCCAGAAUUUCCCACCCCGCCCCCCCCCUUCCCUUCUACAUCACAGAUUGCCCCUUACUUUGUCUUGACUUUGGAAUAGGUGUUUUCUCUGUUCGUGAGAGCAGGCAGAAAGUGUGGCAAAGGGCAUCAAAGAUGUAAUGAUUAUACAUACGGCUCUUUUCUGUUAAAGGCACAAUUUUUUGUGCAGACUCACAGAAUUUUCUAAACAAUAUUCAGAGGUUGGGUUUGCAACGAUUAGUGAGUGGCAUUGGAGAUGUGUUUAUUGUCA